UAGAUUGAACGAAUAUGAGAGAAAUGUCCAGGCAGACUUUGACGCAUAUGAUAUUUCUGAGCAGUGUGGAUUCCUUCUUGAAGACCCACUGACCAACCUUCCAGAGUAUUAUCAAGUAUGGAUGGACCUGGCAAAUAAUAUAACACAUCUGCUAGAGACACGGAAACUACGGGAUAUGGUCCACCAGAUUCCCGUCUUGAGUCCUCAUCUCCUCAGCAGCCAUCGGGAGCUCAGGCUGGCUCACCUAGCUCUGGGCUUCAUCACCAUGGGAUACGUAUGGCAGGAAGGAAAGCAUGCACCUGCUCAGACUCUUCCCAAAGCUGUGGCCUGGCCUUACUGGCUGAUAUCUCACAAACUUGGCCUUCCACCCAUCCUGACCUAUGCUGACAUAAUUUUGGCCAACUGGAAACUGAGGGAUCCCACGGGGGAUUUGGAAAUUGGGAACAUGGAUGCCAUAUUUUCUUUUCCUGGUAGUGAAACUUAUCAGGGAUUUGUGUGUGUUUCAAUACUGACUGAGAUGGCUGCAAGUUCAGGCAUCAAGGGGAGUCUGGAGGUGGUGCACGCUCUGAAGUUCUCUGACCUCACUGGGAUACAGAGAGGUCUCAUCACAGUGACUCAGUCUCUGAAGAAGAUUAAGGAAACAUUCAAACUCAUGCACAAUCACGUGGAUCCAACUGUGUUUUAUGGAACUCUGAGAAUUUUUUUUUCAGGGUGGCGAGACAACCCCAUGCUUCCACACGGGUUACUGUAUGAUGGAGUGAGCAAUGACCGAAUUAUGCUGUCAGGUGGAAGUGCAGCCCAGAGUUCAUCCUUGCAGUGCUUCGAUGCUUUGCUAUGCAUCCAGCAUGAUGGGGAACCAGGAGCUUUCCUGAAACGCAUGAGGGAUUACAUGCCUCCAGCCCACCGUCAACUGAUAGAACAUCUGUCGCUUUGUCCAUCACUGAGAGACUUCAUCCAGUCCCGUUCCAGCCGCACUCUCUGCCAGGCCUAUAAUGAAUGUGUCUCAGCCCUGGUGGAGCUACGGAAUUACCACUUCAACAUUGUGGCAAAGUACAUCAUUAUACCCAGUAACCGUGGUUAUGCCAAGGGUUGCCCAUUCAGUGGUGGUAGGAGCAAAAACAGCGCUGCAGGUACAAGUGGAUCCAACUUCAUUGUCUUCCUCAAGAGUGUUCGGAACACAACCAAAGAAGCACUCAUAUCUGAGCAGGAUCUGCAUCCAGAAAACAUCCAGAAGGGAGAAGUUCUUGAUUGAUUAGUUGUGUCAUCGGGCAAUACACGUGAAAAAUAUGAUCCCAGUUAUGAUUUAAUUAAAACAUAUCUGAAUUUUAAACAUGAAAAUUUCCAGAGUUGAUGUAUGUGAAGAUUAAAUACACACACACACACACACACACACACACACACACACACACACACACACACACACACACAC